GGGAAACCGAUCUGUAUCUGCUUCCUCGAUCUUACUUAUAAACGUCAACUUUUUUUUUUCAUGUGCGGCGACAAUGUCCCUCUUCGUGCGCCCCCCAUCGCCUCCUCCACGCGUGGCUACUCCUCCUCUGCAGUAUCCCAGUCUUCCCCUUCCGCCACGCACAACUAGGAAAUCAAAAAGCUGCGUGGAUAUCCGCGUCCACAAUCAUCAGCCUCCUCCAUCCAGUCCGCGGUCUCAGCGUUCCAAACACCAUGGUCCACGCUCACCAAGCCUCACAUCGGCAGUCCCGUAUCGUUCUCCACCAGCAACUCCUGCUCUAGCCACCCCUCCUCCUCCAGUACCACCCAUUCCGGCAUUUCUGCUCGCCCAGCCGGUCGCUCCCAAGCUCGCUCCACCGCCACCGUCAGCCCCAAAAAGGCUUAGAACAACCUCUGAGCAUCCAUUGAAAAAGCCACCAUCCACCGCUCUCAUGGCGUGCACACGAUUCAUGCCCUUUAGGAAAUCUUCUACUGCUGUUCGUUGACACUAGGUCGGACCCUAUCUUUUCAUCUAACACCUUUUCAUUUCGCUCAUUGCCUCCAACAGACAACGCCACCAUCAAUUACUCCAUUGUACAAAAACUCCUGACCUUUGUAGUAUAUCAUUCCUUGUAUUUCUUUUGAACGUCCCUUGUUUGCUUUCUUGUUCGGUAUCGUAUGUUUAAUAGUUCGAUAAUGCUUUUACGACUACAAUCUUCGAUAACAUCUUUCUUGGUGCGGAUGCGAAGUGCUCCAUUGUGUUAUUUACAUACCUUACCAAAUACACUCGUAAUUCCUUUAACGCAUCUCCAGCGAUUGUUAGGAGAGAAGCCCA